AUGCCACACAAAGAAACCUGUGAAAGUAUUGAAGAACGGAGGAAAAGGGUAUUCAAGUUAACAGAAAAUGAACGAAAGGAAGAGCGUUAUCGCCAUUUAUCAGCCUUAUCAUUCAUCGUUGUUAUGAUCGUUUUUGGUAUACCUCUUUGGUGGCAUACCACAUCAACCUAUCGUGUUCCCUUCCGUAACUUUAAACCUCAGCAAAAAAUCAUCCUUCCAGUUAGUAUUUCAAACUAUGAUUUCACGUGUUGGAAUUGCUCUUCGCAGUCCUACUUGGAACCCAUAUCGGAUUUCCUGUCCAGUGAACUGCAAACGUUAUCACAAGUUGAUCCGUUGAACCUAACCUUUAAUAUUCAUCGCCGAAUCCUGGAUUCACCGAACGAUCUGUCGUCUCCAGAAAGUGAUCAGCAGUUUGUUAUUCCGAUAGUGUUUGUUCCUGAGAAUGAAUGGACAUUCCUAGGCAGAUCAGUGCAUUUAAGCAACGAUAAAUGGACGUUUGUGAAAGUCACUGCAGCGGACAACAGAAAAGUGAUAUUGAAUAUAAUUAAUGAUAUUCUCAUCGAUAAUGCACACCUGUCGGCGAUUAUCAAUCGAGAAUUGAAGCGACGACUGCAUCCGCAUGAAGUGGCAACACUUCCAGCCAAUCAACAGAAACGCUUGAUAUGGGACUCAGCCGCUCAAAGUGCCGACUACAUUGUUCAGUUGAUAUUUGCGCACGCUUCAAGCACUGGUUCAAAUGAUGCGUUGAAGCCGUCGGAAAUCGUUCGUGAUAUACGCCGAUUGGCCGCCAAACUAAACGGUAUCACAAAUUUGCGAAUCAGUUCUGAGCAUUUGUGGGAUUUUGAUGUGUCGAAAUGGUUGAGGAAGGAUGUACAGGAACGUUGGACACUUGCGAUGGAUCAAAUGCAGGCAAUCAUCACUGAGGCUGAUCACGAAACGAGUACGGUUGAAUCAUCGUAUCCGUUACUGAAGUUACUGAUCAUUGAUUACGAUGAACCCGUUAUUAUGCUCGAUCAAACGGGUGAAGAUAGCAACGGUGUUGUUGUUGCGUCAUGGGGAGCGAUUGUGUCGUGUUGCGGUCGAGAGACGUCCAGUGUGAGCAGUUCAUUGAUUGCUUCAUUACGGAUUCUGCUUGGUUUGGAUUCAGAGUUGCCUUACGGUGCUAGCAAACAGCCAUCACCGGUUUCUGAAUGGGAGUUGAGACGAUUGAAACUGAGGUCGUUCGUCGAUUUCUCAAUGAAUGCAAUGUCAUCAGUUCGUGCGAUUCAUAUGCUUAUUGCACAAAUUGAUAAUAUCGUCAUUAAUGAUGAGGUUGCAGAUUCAGCGAAUCGUGCCGUUGAACUGAUCGAAAAUGCGUUGAAUAAGGCUGAACAAACAGGUCAAUUGGAUAUUGAUAGUGUUGUCAAGGGACACGAAUUGGCACAAAGAGCAGUGAACGAUCAGAGUCUACUGGCUUUACUCUAUUUCCCAAAUGAUCAAAAAUUUGCCAUUUAUUUGCCACUCUUUCUUCCGACAUUAUUACCUCUGUUAGGCUCAAUGUUCACAUUGUAUAAACAUUGGCGUCACGGUGAACAGUAA